UUUCGAAUCGAAAGCACUAAAAAUCAACCAUCACAAUGUUCAAAUCCGCUGUUGUUAUCCUUGCCAUCGUUGCCUGCGUUGCUGCCAAGCCCGGUCUCCUGGGUGCUCCUCUGGCCUACACUGCUCCACUGGCCUACUCUGCUCCCCUGGCCUACGCUGCCCCUGCUCCAGUCGUGACCGCCACCAGCAGCCAGGUGAUCGCCAGGAACUACAAUGGAAUCGCCGCCGCUCCAGUGAUUGCUUCUGUGGCUGCUCCAGUGGUCGCCAAGUACGCAGCUGCUCCUCUGGCUGCUCCUUUGGCCUAUUCCUCCCCCUUGGCCUACUCCGCCCCCCUUAGCUACGCCCCUGCUCACGCACCUCUCUUCAUCUAAUCAAAUAAAAUGUGAUAUAAUAAUAUAAUUGAC